CCCCACCCGAAAUCGGUUGCCUCUUUCUUCCUCCGCCCCUUUCUGCGACGCUCCCUCCUCUGUGGCCUGGACCCCUCUCAACCAUGUCCCCUAUUAAUGUCCGGCCAAUGCCGAAGUCCGGCACCUGGUAUCCCGCUGAUUUGGCCUCACUGACCCGGCUCUUCGCCGCGGCCAUGGCCUCGGCCGAACGUGAGAUCCGCGCCCCACGCGACCCGGCCACUGCCAUGCCUGCCUCGCACGAGCCGCUGUUGCUGGAUGCGCCAGAGGCCGCCGAUCCGAUCCCCUGCCCCCGGUGCUCCCUCCCAUCAGGCAGCUGCCCCUGCUUCCAGGCCGUGCUUCUCCCUCACGCAGGGCUGAUGCAUUGUCUCCCAACCGCUGCCUUUGCCCUUCGUCGAAUCGAUCCCUCGGCCGUUAAGCGGAUCGUGGUGCUGGGGCCGAGCCACAUGGCGCCGUUCGACGGCCUCGGCCGCUCGCCCUUCAGCCACUUCGCCACCCCCUUCGGUGCCUUUCCGAUUGACUACUCCAUGAUCCCCGAGGACUUGGCCCGGCGCAUGGAGAACCUGCGCCCUGGCGAGUGUGCCGGAGAGCACAGCCUCGAGCUGCCAAUGACCAUGAUCGGCUAUAUGCUUCGCGAGCGCAUGAGCCCCUCGUCGGACCUUGACGGCCAGCCGGCAGCCGAUAUUCCCAUUGUCCCGCUGAUGGUCGGGUCGCGCAUGCAGCCCGGCGACCGGCCGACUGUGGCGGCGCUUCUUCGCGACCCCGGUACCCUGUGUGUGGUGUCCUCGGACUUUUGCCACUACGGGCGGUCUUUCCGGUUCACGCCCUUUUCGGGGUCCCGCGCGAAGGAGCCCAUCUGGACCCAGAUCAAGGCCUUGGACUUCGAGUACAUGGAGGCCAUUAGCCAGGCAGACACCGAGCGCCUGGAGCAACUGAUGGAGUCGCGCGACAACACUGUCUGCGGAAUCCAGCCUAUCCGUCUCUUCCUGGAGGCCAUGGGAGCGCUUCGCCCCGAGGCCGGAUGCCACCAGCACGGGCCGGCAGAUACCUGUUCCAAGAAUCACUUCGACCGUGGCACAUUGCAAUUCCAUGCGUACGCCCAAUCGUCGGUGCUCGGCCGGCCGUCAGCCGAUCCGCGCCAAGACCACAGCGUCAGCUACGCCUCUGCCAGCUUCCAGUGAUGGAGACAGGCCCGCACCUGCAGGGGAGGCCAAAGUUGGGAGACAACGCACGCGCAGUCCCCCCC